AUGAACAAGAUCAAACGGAUAAACCAAAUUAACCAGAAAGAAUUAGCUUCGAGUGCAACCUCAUACAAAUCCUCAUGGCAUUAUGAAUACCGAGAUACAAAUUACAUCUUUAUCAGCAACAUUCCCAAUUUCAUCAAACCUCAUGAUUUGGUCGUCAUAUUCAGCCAAUAUGGUAUUCCUACCCACUUAAACUUGAUUAAGAACCAUGAGACUGGGCAACAUCGUGGCUUUGCAUUUUUGAAAUACGCCAAUUUUAAAAGUUGCGUAUUGGCAAUUGACAAUUUCAAUGGUAUUAAAGUCGGUGAUCGAAUGUUGCAUGUUGAUCAUAGUUAUUAUAAAUUGCGACGAGGCGAGAAAGAGGAUGAUUUUUUGAUCAAUUAUGAUGAAGUGAGGAAGGAAUUAGAAGCAAGUGAAGAUGACAAGAAGAAGAAGGAAGAGAAGGAAGAGAAGGACUUGAAGUUGAUUGAGAGUGGGGAAGCUAAACCAAAAGCAAUUGCAUUGGAGUUCAAAUCGGAAAACAAGGAAAAAAAAGAGGAGGUCAAAGGUGAUGACGACAAUGAGUUUGUUGAUCCGAUGCAAACUAUUGCAGAGAAUGCAACUAAUGAAGCUCAAGUAGAGAAUGAAGACGAUGAAUUCGUUGACCCUAUGCAGCAAUUUAUAACAGAAACAACCCACGAGACAAAGGAAAAGAGUCACAAGUCGCAUAGAACUAGCAGACAUAGAUCGCAUCGAUCGCAUAGAGUAAGAGAAAAGUCGCUGUCACUCAAAAACGAUAGAGAUCGAAGUCCAACACGUGAAGAAAAGAAAGAGGAAGGACACUAA